AGAUGCUUAGACCUCCUUGAGUGGAAUGGUGUAAGUAUUGGUGACUCUUACAGAAAUGACAAACAGUGUAAGGUAUUCAUUGAUGUUAUUGGUAGCAUCUAUCAUGAUGCAUUAAAACAAAUGUUAAAGGAUGCAGACUUCUUCUCGGUACUCUGUGACUCUAGUACAGACAGGAGUGAGGAUGAGAAAGAAAUAGUGUAUGUAAGAAUUGUGAAAAAUGGUCUGCCAACAUUCUUAUAUAUGAAACUAGUAGAUGUAAAAAGUGGUAAAGCAGAUGGGAUUGUUCAAGCUAUAGACGAGGCUUUUGCAGACUUUGACAUGGAUGGUGCUGAGUGGCGAGCUAAAAUGAUUGGAUUCGGCAGUGAUGGUGCAAGCGUAAUGACGGGAAAGACAAAUGGUGUUGCAGCAAUUUUACAACGGGAUGUCCCAUGGCUAGUCCAAAUCCAUUGUCUUGCACACAGACUAGAGCUUGCAAUAAAGGACUGUUUAAAAGACACAUACAUGGACGAAAUUGUCAAUAUUCUGGUUUCUGUUUAUUAUUUCUACAAAGGUUCUCCCAAAAGGCUACGAGAAUUAGAAAGUAUUGCUGACAUUAUGGAUGAGCAGUUCUUAAAGCCUGAACGAGCAAACGGGACAAGGUGGGUUGAGCAUAAACAAAAAGCCUUAGCAAAGUUGGAAAAAACCUGGAGAUCUAUUGUUGUUCACCUAGAAAGCUAUGCUUCUGACAUGACAAAUCGAGCAGAAGACAGGGCAAAAGCCAGAGGAAUCAACAACAGAUUGCUUCAAUACAAAGUGGUCCUCUACAUGCAUUUUCUCCUCGAUGUGUUUGACCAGAUGUCCCAGUUGUCCCUUUUAUUUCAAAGAGAUGACAUAACUGUUCCUAGUGUGGUUCUGAAGUGUGAGCAUGUUCAGCUUAUGUUGACAUCUCUCCUGACUGUGAAUGGAUCCUACCUUGAGUCUUUCUAUCAACAUGCAGCUCAGAUCUUUGAUCCAAGAAACUGGCCAGACAAUCGCAAUGAUCUGACUGCUUUUGGGCGAGAAGAUCUCCAGACACUGCUCAGACAUUUUGAACAAGUGCUGGCCAAUACAAACCCUCCAGUUAAUGCAAAUGAUGUAAACCUCCAGUGGGAAAAACUCUUGUUCAGGGUGGUGGUUGACUGGAGAGAGGGCAAGGAGGCCAAGUUGCCUCCAACUUUCAGACCAGGGAGCAAGUAG